CGUUUUUGCACUCUUUCCAUUACCCAAAACCAAGUACAAUGCUUUUGGACCUAACCAGACCCGAAGGUUCCCUGCUGUAUUUUCUCUUUUCUCUUAAAUGCUGGCUAUGUGAAAGCUUGUUAAACAGCAGGAUGAGCAACGAAGCAUUUGACGGACAGAUACUAUCUGAGAAGUUGUCAAAACUCAACAACUCACAACAGAGCAUUGAAUCAUUAUCUCGAUGGUGUGUCACUCACCGGAAGAAGGCAAAACAUAUUGUUGAAACAUGGGACAAAUUAUUCAACUCUUCACAGAAAGAGCAGCGCGUUUCUUUCCUAUAUCUGGCUAAUGACAUUUUGCAAAAUAGUAGGAGAAAGGGCAGUGAGUUUGUGAAUGAAUUCUGGAAGGUUCUUCCUGGAGCUCUUAAACAUGUCUAUGAAAGUGGUGAUGAAUCUGGAAAGAAAGUUGUAACCAGACUAGUUGACAUAUGGGAAGAAAGGAAAGUUUUUGGUUCUAGAGGACAGAAUCUCAAAGAUGAAAUGCUUGGUAAAAACCCUUCUCCUCCAGCAGUGAACAAUGGAAAGACCUCAAAUCCUAUCAAGAUAGUGAAGAGGGAUGCUCAAGCAGUUAGAAUUAAAUUGGCUGUUGGAGGAUUGCCAGAAAAGAUACUAAUUGCAUUCCAAUCAGUGUUUGAGGAUUAUCCUAAUGAGGAGAUGGCUUUUAACAAGUAUAAUGCUUCAAUACAACAAUUGAGUAAAAUUGUGGAAGAUGUUGAACAUAGUUUAGCUCAAGGAGAUCAGAAUGGAUCUGUAUUGAUUGAUGAGCUACAACAGCAGGAAAAUACCCUCCAGCAGUGUAUUGGACAGCUCGAAAGUGCUGAAACAAAUAGAGCUUCCUUGAUUGUUCAGCUUAAGGAAGCACUUGAGGAACAAGAAUCAAAGCUGAAGGUUAUUCGUACUCAGUUGCAAGUUGCUCGUGGUCAUGUUGAACAAGUAAACAAUGUAAGGAGGAGGCUAACAUCAUCUCCUAUUCCUGGCCCUCCAAGCACCACAGCUAUCCCAGGUGCAGAGGCUGUGAAGAUGGUAGAGCAGAGCUUGCCUUUAUCUCAGCCAACCAGCACUCCACCUCUACCACCUCUGCCACCACCUCAACCUGUGAUUUCCUUUGCACCUUCAAAACUAACUGAUGAAGAGAGCAAGAAAGCAGCAGCUGCUGCUGUUGCUGCCAAGCUUGCUGCCUCUACAUCUUCUGCUCAGAUGCUUACCUCUGUGCUCUCAUCACUUGUUGCUGAAGAGGCUGCCUCUAUAAAUGGUAGUUUAAAAUCUGGUGGGUUUACAACAGGAUUACCAAUUUUCUCCCCAGAAAAGCGUCCCAAACUUGAGAAACCAAUGCCUAUGUCAGAUGGCAGCAGUUCAGAUGCAGGCAAUGCAGCCUAUUUUACACCACUACAGCAAACAAUAACCAACAUGCCACUUGCACCUUCUGCAAGCAUGCAACCUAUGUCCCAAGGCAACCAAAUUCAAACUCCAUUUGCUCCUACUCCACCCCCACCUCCCCCACCACCUCUCUCUCCCGCAAAUCCUCCAGCAGGUCAAUAUCCUCAAUCUACUGGUUUGAUGGUAGGGGUAAUGCCUUAUGGUUAUGGAACAAAUACACUACCACCUCCACCUCCUCUGCCACCACAUAUUGCAAUGAAUUUAGCCAGGCCUACUUCUCAACCUUUACAGCAGCCUCAGUCUCAGCAUCUGCAGCAGCCACAGGCUCAGCCUCAGCAACAGUCACCACAGCAACAACCAGCUACUGGAGGAUUUUACAGACCACCAGGUAUUGGAUUUUACGGGCAGAACCAAGCAGCAACACCACCAGUACCACGACAAUGAGCUUCCUGGUGAAAGCUCUGUGCCAAAGGAUCACUACUUUUAGGGCAAAGCAAUUGGCUAAUACCACCAUACAUCAACAUCGAAGUGCCUUAAAAUCAUUAAUGUUGAAAGUUUCUUCCCAGCCAUGUAUCAUGUAAAUUAGUAGGAAAGUCGUAGGCACCAUGGCUCAACUUCAUUAUAGCGAUGUACCAAUAAUCCAAUGGUUCCAUGGUGCUGUAACAAUGAUAGUACAUGAUAGCCCCAUAUUUGACCCGGUGUUUUGAUGUAAGUGUAACAAAUGUCAAAUACUUAGCUGUCUACUGCAACAUACUGACAACUGCAAUGAGCUGAAGAAAAUAUGGUAUCAAAGCCUGCCUACAAGUUAUGCUAGUGCAUUUGUGGCUUGUGAAGGACCCUCCCUGGACGUCCGAAGAAGCUGCCUGCCUAGAGAGUUUUCUUUGGUAAUGUAUCCUUUCCAGGUAUCUACCAAAUGCCCCAAAUGUGGACUUAAAAGUACUUUUUGCCUUGGCUUAGUUGCAGCAAUGUGUAAGCUUUUUAUCAUCAAUGGCCAUGCUUAUUGGCCUUGAACCAUUUUGCAAAGGUGGCUCUAACGUUGCAACUUUAUGCUAGUGACUGCUUUACAACCAUGUCUUCUGUGGAAGUCUAAUUUAU